CAGGAAGCCUCGUCGCCAACUCAGCUCGGAGAGGUGGACGUCCCCAUCUCCUGCCACGUCGUUAUUGCAUGCCAACACCACCCACACCUUUGCUUGAUAACUUUAUGUUUGAAUGGACGCCACUAACCCUUGGCCUCAUUACCCAUUUGACUAGUCGUAUUGAAAUGCACUUCUGGAUGGCCUGGACAAUUUUGGCUGUCCGUUCUCCCGCUCGCCCUGCUAUACUUCUUGCCCACGGAGACAUCACGGCUCGUACGGAAACACGUGUUAUCGUUAUUACAUUGGGCGAGGAAAUAUGGCAAAUUUCAAGCCACGUUCUGGGCUGGUCAGGGACAGCAACAAAGGCGCUCGACAAUAGCUCUGUCAAAAAGAAUGAUUAAUACGCUCCUCUGCUCGCAAGUUUUGCCACCGAUUUAGCUACAGCCCAUAUGUCUGAGACAUCACGCAUUCGUAUGCAUGGAUCACUCCCGGAGCCCCCGUUAAUCAAUCAUUAUCCACCUACCCAAGUUCCUCUCGCCCAAUGCCGCCGCCACUCGUUGUUCUGCCGGCCUCACAUCCCAAGUAUGAAGAGUACGAAGCAAAAUUCAACGCAGGCUGGCAGCACCCGGGAAAAUCUGGCAACAUAAAAGCAAUCUACUAUGUGAGGAAGGAUGACCUUCAGGAAUCAUACCGCGGGAGGCGCUUCGCAGCUGCCUGGAGAGCUGUAGGUGGUGACGUCGAGGACCUGUUUCAUGGAACUCAGAGAUCAUGCUACAUUGGAGAGGACAGAAACAACCUGGACCCUUGCAGCAGCAGCGAGUGCCACGUCUGUGGCAUCCUCCGACAGUCCUUCAAGCUUGGAAAAGCCGGCUUCGGAAGGAUGUUUGGUCCAGGCAUCUACACCACCCCGAUGGUGUCCAAGGCCGACAUCUACGCCCAGAACUCGCAUGUUCGGUCCAGGAAGCACGUCAUCAUCGUCUGUCGUGUCAUCACCAGCUGUCCCCAGUACCUCAAGAAAUCCGACCACGGCAGGACUAGUCCGGACAGAGGAUACAACUGUGUCAAGGCCGUCACCAAGGCCAAUGGCGGCGCUGUCGAGUACCCAGAGACCAUCGUGUACCAGGAGGACUACAUCGUCCCGGUGGCGAUCCUGGUGUACGAGAGGGAUGGUUGGCAGCCGAGGUAAAUGUGCUGAAGCCGCCUUUUCUCGAGCCGUGCCCGGUUUUCCCAGCCCAAUUGUUCGCUGACACAAGCGUUUGUGUUUUGUGCACAUUUAGUCCGUUUUCGCGGCCAAAGCCCAGGUUACUUACAGACCGCCUGAUCGACGCGGCUGUCGAAAUUGUAGGCUUGGUACUAAAUUGAGAGGCGUUCGGAAGCUUCCGCCUCGUUUCUUUGCGUCUUCUGUCGCUUGGAGGUUAGCCGCCUACAUACGUCUCUAG